CAUCAAGUCAAGCUCACCGUCACACGACGACGCACGCACGCACACAAGAAUCAUGGUGGCCACAGCAAUGGCCGGCGGCAGUGCUCGCGCCAGCGCCGGCUCCUUCCUCUUGCUUCUCUUCGUCGCGCUGGCCUGCGGCGUCGCCGACCUCGCGUCCGCCGGCGCCACCGCCGGAGCGAGUGCCACUGUCGUUGCCUUCAGCGGCCGCGGCGGCGACUACGACUACGACGACGACAACGACAACAACAACAACAACGCGGCGGCGCUUCUGACGACGAUGCCGCCGUCGACGUCGUACCCGACGGCCGAGCUGAACGGCUUCAUGCAGUGCCUGAUGGGCUGCUUCACGCAGGUGUUCGGGUGCUCGUUCGGGUGCAUGGGCAAGCAGGGCGGCGACCUGCCGCUCUGCAUCAUCAGCUGCGACCAGAAGAGCAUCGUCUGCAUGGUCCGCUGCGCGCUCUCGCCGUCGCCGUCGCCGCCCAAGCCCUCGCCGCCGGGGCCCAAGCCGCCGUCGCCCAAGCCACCCAAGCCGCCCACGCCACCAAAGCCCGCGCCACCAGGCCCGCCCUACCCCGGCCCGCCCACGCCCAAGCCGCCCACGCCCGAGCCACCCAAAGCCCGCGCCAGCACCCGGCCCGCCCUACACCCCGCCCUACGCCAUCGCCGGACGCAAGACCGCAACAUCUGCCUAAAUAUGCCCACAUGUGCUAGCUAUCCACCGAUCCAUAGUACCAGGUGA